AUGCCUGAGAAGUGGACCGCCGAGACCGACCAGAAGCUGCUACUCUAUGCCUUGGAGCUCGGCAUGAUCAAUACAAAGAAGCUGGCUAGCAACGACGUAUCUGCAUCCGCUGUGAGCCAGCACCUCGGCAAGCUCCGCAAGAAGAUCGAGGCGGCUGGCGGCGCUUCAAAAAUGAACGGCGCUUCGAGAGUCUUCGGAACGCCAAUGAAGCGUACCACACCCGGGAAGAACGCCACACCCAAGACGCCCAAGUCCAGCGGCAAGCGCAAGACCAUGAGCGAUGAAGACGACAGCGAAGGCGAUCGCAUGGUUAAUCAUCAGCUAAGCCCGCUGGCCAUGCGCGAGAAGGCGGAGCGCCGCUCGAAGACGCCCAAACUCUAUCGCGAGCCGGCUGUGGACGACGCCAAUGACGUGACGGGUGGCGUCAAGCAGGAGAAUGGUGAGGCGUCUGAGAGUGCUCGUCGCCGUGUGGUGGAUGUUGAUGCUAUGAGUGAUGUGUCCGACUUCAACCCGGAUCACUACACCUAG